CGGAUUCUUACUUAAAAAUUUUUAAAUCGAUUUUUUAAAUAUUUUUCCUCCUUAUCAAAAUCAUGGUUUUUUGCAUUUUUCAGUGUUCGUAAUUAAUGAUAUCAACGGUUUUGAUCAUUGAUUAGAAAACAGAAGUAAUUUAUAAACGUAGUGAGUUAAAGUCCUUUGACUGCAAGUGAAAACCCUUGCACCUCAGCGUUACACGUUGUACCCUAAAUUGUUACAAAGCAAUGGAUUCUCGAGUUUGGCCUUUCAAUUUUACAAUAACAACACAUCCAUUUAUGAAAGAUAUUUAUGAAGCAUUGGAUAAUGAUGACCCAUCAACAGUUGUGAUCACAGCAUUACAUAUAUUAAGAAGGAUAAAUUUAAUACCACAAAUGAAUCGAAAAAAUAAAUGUGAAAGAAACUCUGAAUCCCUUCGUAAAAGCGGUAAUGACAUGUUAAAGCCAGAUAGAUACCAAGAAGCAAUGGAAUACUACAAUGAAGCACUCAUGUAUGCACCACAGAACUCUCGCUCAAUGAAAGUAGCUUUUGGCAACAGAUCGUUUAUUUACUAUAAACAAGGAUAUUACCCAGCAUGUGUUGCGGAUAUAAAGAUGGCAUUGGAAAUACCAACGGCUACAGAGAUUGAUGACAAACUGAGACUUAGAUUACAUGAGGCAUCAAAUUUUUAUGAUGAGGAAGCUAUCAGGAGAUAUAAAAGCUACUCGAUCUAUGGACCAACAGUGUAUAAAUUGUCAAGCCGAAAUCCGGACAUACCGUGUGCUAGUGCCGACAUAAGUGUUGCGUUAGACCGUCGAGCUCCUAAGGUCGUGGCAAAAAGAAAUAUCAAAAUAGGCGCAGUGCUGGCUAUAGAAGAGGCUUUUACCAUCGGAAUCUCUAAACUCAACUACCUUAAUUCAUGCUAUUAUUGCUCGAAAAGAUCGUUAAACCUGAUCCCGUGCACUGGAUGCUGUUGGAUUGUGUUCUGCGAUGCAAAAUGCCGUCAGAAUAGCUUCAACGAAGGCCACAACAUUGAGUGCCAAAUUAUGGAAGUCGUAGAAGAUAUGACGGCUGGGCCGAUGCCAAAGUUAGUCAUCAAGACCGUGUUGAAAAUUCGUAAGAAAUGCAAAAAUUGGAAGGAAUUUAUAGAUGCGUCGUGGAGUGUUGGACGCGAGAGAUGGAAGAAGAGUUCUAUAAAGGAAGUUUUCGAUGUGGAUGAAAAGUUUUCUAUGCUGUGUUUUAAUGAUGACCGUCUCUUCAUUCACGGCACUAUGUGUAACACUUCGUUUGCGUGCGCCACCGUUAUACACCACUUGGAUAGACUGAAUAACUUCUUCCCCAAUGACGAAAAGGAGAAGUUAGAAGCGAUGCGGGCGAUGGGACGAAUGAUGAUGUUCCUAGUUCUUCACACCAUCCCCACCACGAUGAAUCAAGCUCUCGGGAUCGCAAAUCCUAUUGGUGCCACCUUAUCUCAGACCGCGAAUUUCGGCUGGUUCUCAUUCAUAGGCAAAUUGAGACAUGCGUGCAUCCCGAACGCGUGUGCGAUUAACUUGAACAGGAGAAUGGUUGUUAUUGCCAGCGCACCGAUUAAGGCCGGCACUCCAAUCACAAUUCACUAUCUGGGCUGUCACGUGGACGUAAAAAAAAUCACAAUGAAUUGCAUAAAUCUAUACACGCUUUACGGAAUGGUCUGCAACUGUAUUCUAUGCAUUGAAAGUGUUAAGGUCAAGAAGAAGCAAAUAUUAGACGAUGAAACGAAAAAGAAGCUUCGAGAUAUAAAUGGGCUUAUGGGAGAUCCAAUGAGUUUCAGUUUGCACGAUAUGCCCAGAAUUUAUCCCGCAGCUUGCUCUGCUAUGGACCUUUUGAAAAAUCUGCCCCUAUCUGAUGAAUAUGAUGUGGCGAAGGAUAAUUUUCUCAAAUGUCUUGUAAUAUUCUCAGAUUAUGAAUGCGGCAACAAGAUAUUGGAUUCGCGUGAAAGAGUAAUUCGUAUACAGUAAUAUUGUCUAUGCAUAGUCGUGAUUUUUUUAUCUAUAUGUUAUGUGUACAAGAACCAAAGAUUUAUCUUUUUAGAUUCACUCAACAUUCUAUAAUUAUUGAAGUAAUCAGUAUUAAGUGAUUGUGUUAUUUAUAUCCUAGAAAUGUAGCCAGGUUUGAUGGUAGAAUGUCCUUAUUUGUGAAAAUUUAUACAUUCCAGGUACCUUAUCAAACUGGAGAACUAAAAACAUGUUCAUACUAUGUAAUUUAAAUAAAUAAUACUGUUAUUUGAAAAUAUCUGUCGAUCUCGUUGAUUUUUUUGGGUAGGCGUGCCUGCACUCUAUCCCGGGGGAAACUUGCGAACAAGUUACUAGAAUCCCCCGGCUUAGGGACUGCAGGGGCUGGGAGGAAAGGGGGGAGAAAAUGUAGGUCAAGGAAGGGAAACCCUUUAGGUUGGGCGAAGGGGAGAAGGAGAAAUGUUCGCGAGCCCCAAUGUGAAUUUAUAACUAUGGAUAUACACACAUAACUUGGUGCCUAACUGCCUAGUGCCGCACUAAUUUCUCCUGUACAUGGGGGUGCAUUCGAUGUGAAGACCAAGCGCACAUAAAUUGCCUCAGGGGGAGAUCUCGUUGAUUAGGUAUGGCUGGAAAAAGAAGUGAUAAUAUUACUCAUUUAUCAAACAUAAUACUACUCUAAUAAGAUUAAAAGAUAAAAGUAUUUAUUCCGAUACUUAAUUUUUUUCUAUAGUUAAGUACAUGUUAGGAACGUAAACUAUAGUAGGUUUAGUAGUAGGCGGGAGGUCGUGGCCCCCGGGUAAAAGUGUUGUUAUUCACCCUUGAUAAAUGCCAAACCACGUUAUCGUUAAUUUAAUGCUAAGUACUUUUGUAUUUUCCUGAUCUGGGAUCAACCAUUAUAAUUUAUUCUAAGACUGUAAAUUAUGUUUUCCAAUUUUUUUAUUCCGGUAUGUAUUUAUUAGGUUAAAACCUUCAAACUAAAUUUCUGGAUCCGCCACUGAAUUUAAAUCAAUAAAAAUUGGCCCUAUUUUUUCUAAAUAACACUAGAACACUAGUACAAGUAAUAUUGGUAAUUUUUUUCUCUUUAUAACCAUGGUAUAAUAAAAAAAAAAUAAAGUGUGUCUA